UAUAUGGAUAGCCUUGGACUGAAUGAUGUGAUAGAGUGAAAAUACAUGUAUUGUUCUUGGGGAAACAAGAAGAAUAAAACUACAUUUGCAACGUGUAAAACGGUUUUCCAAAGCUGUAGUAUUGAAAACAGCACAAAUAUCCAAGUAGCCUGAUGACAGUGAGUGCUGAGGAGACAUGUCAAACCAACCUGGAAGAUUCCUUUGUCUCUCAGAUACAACCAGUGUGGUCUAGCUGGUUCUGCUGGGAAACACGGAAACGCACAGUUCGAUCUUAUUGGUCAGCUGCAGCUCUGAUCCGUCUAUAUAACGCACAGCAGCGUCUCUGGAGCUGAGACCGUCUGAGGGCGCAGAGCAGCGCCGCGGAGCGCACAGACUCAUCCGAAGAAACACCUGUUACUGACGGAGCAGAUGUAAAGGAGCGAAAACUGAGCCGUUUCUCUUUAGUCCUACACACCUGACUGCACCGACUCCACACAUCCCACUGUCUUGUGGGACCAUGUGGGUUCUGGAUAAGAUCCGCGGGUCGGUGGAGACCAGUGUGCUGCGGCAGGGGGAGAAUGGAGACAAGAAAGGUGCUGCCCCGGCUUACAGCAACGUCCUCACCCCCGACAAGAUCCCAGACUUCUUCAUUCCCCCAAAGCUGGUCAGCUGCCCAGCAGAGCCUGAGAUUCCUAAUGUGAAACCCAAAGAGGGGCUGCAGCCGUCCACUUCUGAACAGAUCAGCGGCACCGGGAGGAAGAUCAGCAGCCCAAGAAGCCCGCGUCUGGUAGCCAAGAUUGCAGGAGACACAAAGAACUUGUUGAGAGCAGCGAACCGCCACAUCAUACAGAUAGAAAGUGCAGACGAUGUUGUGACUGGAGACACCAAUGCAGACCCUCAGUCGCAGACUGCAAUGUCCCUGCCUUACGUUCCCAAGACCCAGACAUCUUACGGGUUUGCCACCUUGAAGGAGAGCCCCCACACUCGCCGUAAAGAGUCGCUGUUCCACUGCGAACUUACAAGUCCCAUCACUUCCCCAAACACGCAGAGAAAGGCUCCAGGCAAAAGCAGCGAAGGGGGAAACCACCUGAAUCCAGCUGACUACAACACCUCCCACAUUAAUCCCUAUCGAUACUUCAGCGGUGGAGAAAGUGACACCUGCUCCUCAGCUGAGUCCUCUCCCUUCAGCUCCCCUCUGCUCUCCCGCUCUGCAUCCCUGCUCAAGAUCUUCACACAUGAGACGCAGGCCAAAGUUGUGAAGGCCAAGCGGACGUUCGCUCGCCACAGCUCCCUCUCCACUGACGAAUGCAGCUCCGCCGAGCCCAGCCCUAACAUCCAGCGGCGACUCAACAUCCCCUCCUUCCACGGCAGUGCUGGAGCGUCUGACCACGGCCUCCACCGGGAGCACACCAUCAACCUGCACAAGGGCGGGACGGUGCGGAUCAGUGUCAACUACGACUCCAGCACCUCCCGCCUGCUCAUCCGCGUCCUGGCAGCAGAGAGUCUGUACGACAAGCACUUUGACAUCAAGAGCAUCAACUGCUGCGUGUCCGUCUACCUGAACCCAGGCAAGCUGCAGAAGCAAAGGAGCAACAUCAUCAAGAACAGCCGCAACCCAGUCUUCAACGAGGACUUCUUCUUUGACUCGAUAAGCCCGAUUCAAGUAAAGAGCCUCUCUGUGAAGUUCAAGGUGGUAAAUAAAGGCACCAGUCUGAAGAGAGACACGCUGCUGGGAGAGCGAGAGGUGCCUCUGACAAAGCUGCUCGCCGGGCUUUAAAGCCACAGGACGUGGAGGUUAAAGGCCAAAUCCAAGGAUACUGGCUGAAACUUAAAUUAGAUGUUUGCACUGCUCUGUUUAUUCCACUCACCCAAAACUGUUAAUAUAAAGGCGAACGGAGAGGAGAAUUUUCCAAAAGUAAAUCUUUCCCUUUGAUCUGGAAUUUGAAUAAACACCAAGAUUAGAAAAUGUGAUGCACAGAUGAAGGAUUUAAGGUGGGUCAAGGUUUGCUUGGACCCAUCUCCCAAUAAUGAACGCUCAUUAAACCAAGUUGGGCUCGACAGCAUCAGAUGAAAUUGACAGAUGAAAGGUUUUCUCUCUGGAAGCGUCUCCCAGCCGGCUUCCUCAGCCAGGUCUGGUUCAAAGGUUGGACGACACCUGUGCUUCAGCCUGUCUCCGUGUCCUUGCCUGCACUGUGCAGGCUUUAUCGUUUUAUUGUGAGAGAAAUCCACGGCAGGAUGUGAUUCUACGUCAGCUCCACCAUGUGCUGGGCACAGAGAUGCUUUUGUGAAUCAGUGUGAGCUUUGAAGUGGCACUACAUCCUGAUGUGCAAAGACCCUUUGAUCCCAGUUGCCAUGGCCCACCUCCUACAGGGGGAGCGCAAGGGACAAACAGAGCUGCCACAUUUACAUGUACAUCAAACAAAAAAACGAAACGAUAAUUUGAUUGAUAAUGUAAGUAGAUUAUGAAGGCCAUAAUCUGAUUCAUACUUACAAUUAAUAGAACAUAUCCGGUAUGUAUGGAAAAAAGUUUUAUGUUUGCUCUUUCAUACUUAAAGAUGUCCCAAGGAAUUCUAUUGUAAAGCAGCAAAACUUCAUAUUGAGUGUUGAAUGUCACCAAGCUCCACUGUAUUAAGCACUUAAACACUUCUUCAUCCGUGCCCUUUUUGAAUCAUUAUUAAGUUUGCUGGUGCUCUGACUGUCAGUCACGGAUGGUAAAAACAUUGCUCUAUAGUCUAUAGCACUGCGUCCGCGGGGCACCUUUAAGUUUUAUUUCCUUUGAACACAUUUUCAAAAACAAUAAUAUUCUACAAUUAUUCUAGUGCGCAAGUGAAUUACUCGGAGAGAAGUGCAUUUCUGGUACGCUUGAAUAUUGUCACUGCACCGCAGAUUUCUUCACUUAAAAAGGUUCCUACGCCUCGUUUAGAGACAGAAAUUGCUUAAUAAGAUGAGAUUUCGUGCAGCAUGGGGUACAUUUCCAAUUUUAAUAUCUUUAAUGGCCUCCAGUUUACUGGCAAGAAAAAACAACUCGGAGUUAAUGAAUGUAGAGAUACGGGGGAGGGGGAGGGGGGUUGCAGUGCAGAUGAGAACAUUCCUUCAUAUAUUCAAUAUACAUAUUUAUUUGGUCCAUGAAACCUCUUCAGCCUCAUGAAGGAACUGUGCAGACGCUCCAACUGCAGCCCGUCGCCUUGCUUCAUCCAGUCUGGGCUCCUUGAUUAAAUCUUGCGCAGCUAAGCAACAGGCUCUCACCAGAUAGGUAUAGCUUCGCUCUGUAUUCAGGCCAGUUGGAGAUACCUAUUUCUGCACAGAUCCUCCAAAACAAGAAUACAUUGGAGCCUUCUGGAAGACAUGUUAUUAACCUCAAAUCCCAACAGAUAUUUUAAAAUUAAAAAAGAGACACCUGAGUCAAACUUAUAAUAUCCUCUUUUUUUUUUUGUUCUUCAUAAAGUAGCACCAGGCGGCUAUCAUUUCACAGCAUCCCUGACAAUUUUAACUGCUGGCUUAAUUACCUUUUAGUUAUGUGGUUAGCAGUAGGACAGCAAGCGGGGUCAUACUUCUUAAAUUAAACACAUGUAAGCAGAAUUGUCUGUCAGUUUAUGCAACCUGUCUUUUGCCUUAGUCACAGUGUUGGCCGUAGACAAACUACUGUGUGCAUGUACAUGUAUUAAAUGUCUCAUAUGACGAGAUUCGCUGUGACUAACAGUAGCAUGGCAUGAACACGGCACUGGUGUUUGCAUGACAUGCUUCAAAUUUUAUGAAACCCUAAAGCCUUACUCUGUGCGUAUGAAAGAGUGAGUCAAAGAGUUUGAGUGGGUUUUGGUAAGCACGAUUUUGUCCGGAGUGUUUAAUUUUCUAUGUACCACUUGUCGUAUUUUGUAUAAUGGAUUGAAAUGAUGUUGGAUUUGUACUGUAUAUAACUACAUAGAUGUAUGUAGUAGUUUCUACAGUUGUAGGUGAAACGCUAAAUAUGCAUCAGCGAGGGACACUUGAAGGGACACGUUGUUCCGACUUUAACAAAGCCUGUGGGAGGAAGACGACAUGACAAGAAGAGGAAUAUGGAAAACAUGGAACGCAAGGAGGAAACCAACAUUAUGCUCUUGCCUCUUUCGUGUAAACUUCUGUCCGUCUGAGGGAUCAGAAGAAACUGCGUGUGAUUGCGGGUUUGAGUGACCUGCACAGGAGAAGUUCAGACAGAAAAGAAGUCAGAGACAUCAGAGCGAUGCAAAUUACUGAGGUUUCCUCAAAGCUUGAGCUCGAUCCUACAAGAAUUGCUCUCACCUGGUGUUUGUAGCUCACUUGUAGCACUGCUAUUGAUGUGUUCUGUAUCAUUUAUAUACAGUUGGUUUUGGUGUAAAAGUCGCUGAUCUGUUGUAAACCUUCUGCAUACCCAUGUGCAAACAUAACAGUGCCUGCUCGUAAUGUAUUUUUUACUCAAACUUCCUAAAUUGUACUCGCCCAGUUGUUACCAAACCCCAUUCGGGGGCCUCUUCUUGCAUGGCUAAUAUAUUUCAGCAGUGUCAGUACUAAACUUCAGUGGAUUCUUAUCGUGCAGUCGUGGGUCUCCCUGUGCUCUGAUGAGAAUUGACUGUUUAUAACAAUGCAGCUAAUACAUGGCCGCAUCUGAUUGUCAUGACUAAUUGUUCCGACUGUUUUCAUGUGACUUAUCAAUUAAUAGAACUCAGUUGCAGGUUGAAAAACAAUUAAGUCAUCUGCCUGCUCCUGCCUCGACACACGACACUGUCCUCAUUCAAACUGUAGCCUCUUCACAAGUCCACAUUCCACAACUGGUAGAAAAAAAAACCCAAAACAGUUAAUGUUUUUACUCUCAUCUUGAUAGAAAAUAAUAUCAAAGUUACAUUUUACGGAAGGAAAUAUUUGAAACAGUUUAUCCUGCUGAGUGGCUUAAUAGCAGGCAAGAGGUUGCAUCCUUUUUUUUACUAUACCAAAGGGAUUUAUUUAAUUGUUACGUUCACUUGUUACUGGUGUUGUGGUAGAUUUUGUGCUAAGCUGGAGGCUUACUGCUUCUCUCAGUCGUUACACAGUCAGAGGUGUUAAAUCUCGAUAAGCCCUCCUAAAAACAACUGAGACUGCCUUUUCUCUUCCUGUCUGCUGGUUAUUUUUAACCAUGAGAAAAUAAAUAGCAUCCAGGUACAACAAAGAAAAGUUUCCACAAAGAAAAGUCAGAUGCCUUGCCGCAAGAUAAUAUUAUCAUAAGAGGUUGAAUUGUUAGUGACAGUUUAAAUGUUGUGAGAGAAAUAGUGUGUAGUUGCCCUUAACUUAUCAAGAAGGUAGGCAUUCAGCCAACAAGAUGGAAUUUAUACAGGGGCUCAGUGUGUUGCUAUCUUUAGCAUGUUAUCAUGCUACAAUAUACAAUAUAAUCAAUGGUAAAGUAUGGCUGAGGACAACGGGCCACUCAUUUUAAUAGUAGAGUUCUGUGUGACCAGUGCAGUAAAAGUUGUCUCCAAAAACCUCCUCCAACUAUUCCUUUAAACUGUAGCUAUCGGUGAUACUUCAUACAAUAAAAGUGGUUAGUAGUAUGCACUGAAUGUUAUUUCAUUUAAUGACACUCAUGUUGAAUCCCCACAGUCGCUGCACUUGUGAAGCUAAAAACAAGGUUGGUGAUUCUGAAGGCUAACCUUUGUUCGAUCUGCAGAGGAAUUACCAGAAUUAACUCACCACAAUUAACUUUCCCAUUAUCCGGUCUGCUGUUGUGGUCGAAAUCAGUCUGUAUUCCUGCACUCAAUAGGUCUUUAAUUAGAUACGGAGCAGAGAGGCUUGACUGAUAGCAUUUAAAAUGAGAACUGAGGAAAGCGCCAAUACCUGUGUGCUGUGUGUCAGAGAGAGAGGUUAUUAGUUGGUUAUUGUGGUUUAUGAGAAUGACUUUAUUUUGUUAAGACUGGUUUUUAAAUAUCCUGUAUAUAUGUUGGUGUUGCUCAAGUCUUCCUGUCUUGACAGGUUCGCUCUGAAAAAUGAAGCUGAAAAGUGCCAGUCCGUUACUUGACACCAAUUCUUUAGUUUGUAUCCAGGCGUACGUAGACGAUGGAAGCCGUUUUCCAUGUGUGUUUGCUGUUCUUGUGUUUCUGGCCCAUGGAAGUAGAUACAUUUAUACUGUGAUGCUUCGACCACUGACAGCCGUCCUCUGGUUUCUGUAUUGAUGGGUGUGAAAUUUCAUUAAAGGUAUUAUCCAUG